UGUUUGCCAUGGACAGUUCUAAAUAGUUAAGGAUCCACUGUCUGCAGUAUGACGUCAUUCCUAGGAAACACUUGUUUCUUUGUUUUUGGCGUUUUGGAGAGGGAAUAUCCCGCUGCUGUGAUCAGAUGUCCCAGAUACGUUAUUUUUGUCUGGACAAGUUGAAGUUUAGUGCUGACUUUGUGACCAUUGUUAGCCAGAAAGGUCAAAAGUGCAACUGUGUCUUGUUUUGCAUGCUUCUUCUGAGGGCCUAGCCACCAUGAGGUCAUCCACAUGUCGUCAUCUAACCUGAUAGGAAGUUAGUUUUGUAAAUUUAGGCUCAGCUGCAGAUGAAAGUUUGACAUGAGUAUCCUUGUGGACAUCUUGCUCAGGUGUAGCUACGCCCCUGGAAGGUGAAUGCCAACCAACAUUCACACUCAGGAUGGACGGGCAUGGAGAAAAAUGCAUUCGCCAAAUCAACUACUGGACAAAAUGGCAAGGUGAUCAUGCACGACCCCUUCGCCAUGCGGCCGUUCUUCGGUUACAACUUCGGCGACUACCUCGCUCACUGGCUGAGCAUGCAGACCCGGAAGGCCCCCACUCACCUGCCCAAGAUCUUCCACGUAAACUGGUUCAGGAAGAACCCGGCGAACGGCGCCUUCCUGUGGCCCGGGUUCGGCGAGAACGUGCGCGCCCUGGAGUGGAUCUUCAAGCGCUGCGGCCGGGAGAGGGAGGAGGAGGCGGCCAAGAGGAGCAUCAUCGGCUGGCUGCCAGAGGAUGGCGCCAUCGUCACCAAAGGUCUGGGCAGCGAUGUGGAUAUGGGGGCCCUGUUCGACGUGCCCAGGUCUUUCUGGCAGAAGGAGACGAAGGAGUUGAGAGCCUACUUCUCCCAGCAAGUUGGAGCCGAUCUACCUGCUCAGGUGGAGGCGGAGCUACACACACACACACACACACACACACACACAGCUUAGAUCCCUAAUCACACUUAUUGGUUUUAUUCAUGUAAACAUGAACCCUGAGUCCUGAGGAACAGGUUGGGAUUUGGCUUAGAAACAUCUGACCCCUAUUUGGUUUUUACAAAAAGUUUGUGAACUGAAAUGCAGGUUUUAGAGAGUUCUAGUACUCGCUGCUCAUCAAAGAUGGUUUGUGUCAGUAUUUUAAUUGUUUGAAUUUCAAUGAUCUGAUAAAUGAAAAGCUCCAUUUAAAUAAAAUAAAAACAAUAGCCAGGCCAGUAAUCGUUCACUUUGUGUGUGUAAAAUAAUCACAACCAGUGAUUCAUCUUUCUCUUUUAUGAAGGGAAAUCUGUCGGAAUAGAAAUGUCAGAGAUAAAAAGUCUACAAUGCAGCAACUUUGGACGUGACUUUCCACUAAUGGAUGCCGGUGGGAGGAGGGAGGUUUGUCCCAACAUGAAGGUCAGAUUUCUCAGACGUUGAACAUAAAGAAGCUAAUGUCACUAAAACACAAUCAACACAACCUUGUUGUGCCUUUUGAGACGUUAAACAACUCAACUGUUGGGCUGCUAAUGUUUUCAUGCUGAAACCCAAAGAUGAUCUUUUGAGAAAAGUCACACAGUUUUAACUUUUUUUAAAGUGUAUUUUAGCACCAGAUCUUUUAUUAUACAAUUGACUGAGUUUCAGGAAAUGCCCUUUCUAUUUCUCGUUAAGCUUUGCAUUCAAAUAAAUUAAUAAAAAGAC